AUGUCCCAGCCGAUCGAGGUGCCUGGUGAGGCGAGCCCAUUGGGAUACCAGAAUGUUGUCAACACUCUGGUAAUGGCUGCUAGCUCGAAUCAGCAGCAAGUCAAGACGGGCACUGCGCAGUUGCAGAACUGGCAGAGACAGGGUUCAUACCAUUCCAUGCUUCAGGACGUCUUCUGUGACCACUCAUUACCGACCGAAGUUCGAUACCUCGCGAUUAUCCAGCUGAAGAACGGAAUCGACAAGUACUGGAGAAAAACUGCACCCAACGCAAUCUCGAAGGACGAGAAGGAUAAGAUUAAGACGACAGCUAUGCAAGCAGGUAUUACUGAACCUGCCCGCCCACUCGCCCUUCAGAAUGCCUUGAUGAUCGCCAAGAUCCUCCGCUAUGAAUUUCCUCAGGACUGGCCGGAUGCGAUUACCACUGUCAUCGCCUUCCUCCGAUCCUCGACCCAACCCGGUGCACCGCCGAUCCAGCUUCCCCGGACCCUCCUUAUCCUUUUGCAAAUCAUCAAAGAACUGUCCACCGCGCGUUUACAAAGAACCCGAGCGCAGCUCCAGUCUGUUUCGCCAGAGAUGUUCCAUGUGCUGGGGAGCAUUUAUGUGGAGAAGGUUAACACCUGGGUGUCCAUUUUGGAGCACGGUGGCGGCAAUGAGGAAUCGUUGUUGGACGCGAUCGAACAGAGUUUGGUCUCAUUGAAGGUUCUCCGACGCCUCGUUAUUGCCGGGUAUGAGCAUCCUGGCCGCGAUCAAGAGGUCCAAAACUUUUGGACGUUGUCGUAUAAUCAGUUCGUGAAAUUCUUGUCCUUCGUGAACGAGUCGGGCAAGCUGCCGGAGCUUGUCGAAACAGGAAUACAAAAGCACAUCCUACAGCUUUCUAAGCUCCAUGUUGAAAUGGCCCAGACUCAUGCAGCAUCUUUCGCGCACUUUGCACACAGCAUCGAGCUCGUCAACACAUAUUGGACCUUGCUUCAAAAACUUAGUGAGGUAUAUGUCAGUCUCGGAGCCGAUGCCGAGACGGAAGGGCAAUCCCUGCCCGAGAGGACGGGCCUCAGGGCCUUGCUUUUGAUCAGAGCGUGCGCAAAGAUGGCUUUCAAUCCAGUGCAUACUUUCAAGUAUCAAACCCCGGAAGAUAAGGAGGAGAGAAAGCAGGCCGUCGAACGGAUCAAGACUGAACUUUUCACUGAUAAAUUCGUCCUGGAUACUAUGGAGUUGCUUGUCACGCAAUUUUUCAGAUUCCGGAACGCUGAUUUCGAGGAAUGGGAAGCUGAGCCUGAGCAGUGGGAGAAGCGGGAAGAGACUAGCAGCGAGGCUUGGGAGUUUUCUAUCCGCGCUUGCUCAGAGAAGCUGCUCCUUGACCUCGUAAUCCACUUCAAGAGCUUGCUGGUUGGUCGAUUAUUGGAUGUUUUCCAUUCGUUCGCACGGACCGACAACCGCAAUGUGAUUUUGAAGGACUCUUUGUACUCUGCUAUUGGCUUAGCUGCAGCCAGCCUUGAGCAGCAUUUAGAUUUUAACACAUUCCUCGAGGCGACUGUUGUUCCCGAAGUCCAGAUCCAGGAUCCAGAGUACAGGCUUCUAAGAAGACGAAUCCCCAUGGUCCUGGGGCAAUGGGUGCCAAUUCAGUACGAGAAGCUGAACAUCGAUGCCAUCUACCAGAUCUUCCAACAUUUGCUGAACAAGGAUGAUCCGUUGAAUGACUUAGUGGUCCGCAUCACUGCUGGUCGACAGCUCUGCAAUAUCAUUGAACCCUUUGAGUUCACCUCAGCGGCCUUCAUCCCAUACGCGCCAUCAAUUCUGGCAAGCCUUAUGUCUCUUGUCCAGGAGGUUGAGAUUUCCGAGACUAAAAUGGGUCUGUUGGAAACAGUGCGAGUAGUGGUCGUGAAAAUGGAAAGCCAUAUCGCCCCCUUCUCGGACGCAAUUCUCUCACUCCUUCCACCUCUAUGGGAAGAAUCCGGAGAUGAACAUCUGAUGAAACAAGCUAUUCUCACCCUUCUCUCGUCCCUGAUCCAUUCGCUAAAGCAGGAGUCUGCACGCUACCACUCACUCAUUCUCCCUCUGAUCCAAGGAUCCGUCAACCCUGAAUCCGAAACAUUUAUGUACCUUCUGGAUGAGGCUUUGGAGCUAUGGGCCGCCAUCAUCAUGCAAACACCCUCACCCGCCUCCCCAGAGAUCAUCGCCCUCAUGCCCGCUAUAUUCCCCAUCAUCGAGCAAGGAACAGACAGCACCGCCCAAGCCCUCAGCAUCGUCGAAUCCUACAUCUUCCUCGCACCCCAAGAGGUUCUCCGUGACGGAGUCCGCGAUGCCCUCUUAACCUCCCUGAAAGAAACACUUUCCUACACAACAAAGAUGCGCACCGGCGUAGUCCCCCGCCUCGUCGACAUGAUGAUCCGCGGCGCCGAAACAGUCGACGGCGGCAGCGAAUCAACAUACAGCAUCAUCUCACGCUCCCUCCUCGAGACCUCAUUCCUUCCAUCCCUCCUCGAAGGUCUAUACACCGCCUACGAGUCCAGCCAAACCUCCGGACCUAACCGAAAAUCAUCAAAUGUGGUCGGUGUCAUCGAAACAGACUACCUAUCCGUCCUCGCAAGACUUGCUCUGGGCAAUCCCACCAUCUUCGCAUCUGCCGUCGCGGCCGCGACAAAUUCCACUGAAGAGCAGUCUCUGAACUGGAUUCUGGCUGAAUGGUUCUCGCAUUACGAUAACAUCGGUAGUGCGAACCAGAAGAAAUUGCAUGCUCUCGCUCUUACGCAGCUUCUUUCUCUUCAGGGUCAAGCUAACCCCUCUGGUCUUUCUCCACCGCCCGCAUUCAUCCUUAAGCAUCUUCAAUCAUACCUCACUAUGUGGACCGAUAUCAUCAACGAGCUAUCCGAGGGUGGAUCGGAUCCGAAUGCCGAUUACCUUGUCUACUGGGACGCGGCUAAGGGGUCUGAGACUGCUAACCCGGAGAACUCGGAGGAGGUUGAAACGCCUGAGAAUGUUCGUCGUAGUGAAUGGCAAGCUGCAGAUGCGAUUCACCGAUUCCCGAUUCGUGACUUUGUGCGUCAACGUCUGGAGCAGGUUAUCCUUGCUUGUGGGGGUGCGCAGCGCUUCCAGGAGGAGUGGUUGGUUAAUGUCGAUGGGGAGGUUGUGUCGGCAUUUGGUGCUUUGGGACUUCUUUAA